CAACGCGGCCAGGGUGGAGCAGGGACUCAACCUCCAGAUCAGGCUGUCGGAGCACACAGAACGUCCUGCUGACCUGGACAAGCUCAAGCCCUACAUCAUCGAGCACAUCCUGGUCCUGUUGGUUGCCCCAGCGACGGGCUGCUGCUCCGCCAACGGGGAGUUAAACAUUGGAAUUUGUAUGUUGAAUUCAGGAGGAAAGAAGCUUUAUGUGAAGGAAAUGCAGUUGUUAUCCAAAGUGGACAGUUCUCUGGAGUUCAGCCCAGUCCUGCUGAGAACAUCAGCAACAAACUUCACACAAGUGGCUACUCUAGCCUGCAGAGCAGGGUCUCUGCCAGGUCAGGGUAGAAGAUGCUCCAGUCAUAUUAGCCUACUGGUCCUGGGGAAUCACACAGUGAACACUUUCCCUGGCUUCCACAGCACACACAGGGGGUUGGAGCUGUCUAAUCUCUUCCAGGUGAGGCAGAAAGGUGCAGACCACGUGGACCUGUGGCUGACCAACACCCUCCACUUCCCCCUCACCGUCCAGGAUGCCAUCCUCUCCCCGGAGUCCCAGGGCUUACUCAGGGUGGUCAACUUCAGCGGGGCAGUGUCAGUGCCCCAGGGUGGCUGCUGGCGGAUCCUCUCCCUGCAGCUCCUCAACAGGAGCCUGCCCCUAAACCUACUCUCCACCCUCUCUCUGACCACUGGUUUGUGUCUGGCCCUGAAACUACCCCUCCACUUUCACUCCACCCUGGCCAAGCAGGGUAAUGUUGUGUUUGAAGCGGAGGGGGAGUAUGCCCGACCAUGUCCUCUCAGACUGUCAGAAUCAGGUCGUGUCCAGUGGCAGCGCUCUCUCCUCCCAGACUCCUCCUCCUGGAUGCUGGACAGCAGACUGGCCUCGGAGCUCUGCGCUCGCUGGCAAAUCCGCAAAGACCAGCUGCCCUGCAGGUGGCCCAGACUACCAGCGGAGACCUCGUCCCCUCUAGACUUUGGUGCAGUCCCUGUCAAUGAAAGCAAGGUUAAGCUGCUGACUCUGAAAAGCCCCUCCUCCUCUGUGGUCUAUGUGGAAAUCAGAGCCCUCUCCCUGUACCCGGCCCCCCUGGAAGCCCUUGACCUCCUCACCAAAUGGUUCAACAUCAGCCCCCUCUCUGUCAAUAUCAGCACUACGGAGUUCACUCUGCUGCCUGCAGAGCACAAGGGGGGUGAGGGAGUCCUGCGUUUCCUCCUCCAGCCGUGGGAGAGCAGGGAGGUGGCCGUGGUGUUCACCCCCUCCGAACACAAACCCACCACCACCAUCCUACUCAUCAGGAACAACUUGACAGUGUUUGACAUGGUGACGGUGCGGGGCCAUGGGUCCAAGGAGCUGCUGAGAGUGGGGGGCAAGUUGCCGGGCCCCGGGGCCUCAUUACGCUUCAAUGUCCCUCAGUCCACCCUCAUGGAAUGCCGAGACGGCCUGCGUGCCAACAAGCCUCUGUUUGCCAUCCGGAAGAGCUUCAAGGUGGAGAACGCCGGGGAGCUGCCCCUUACGGUCACGUCCAUGAACAUCAACGGCUACAAGUGCCAGGGCUUCGGCUUCGAGGUGCUGCAGUGCAGGUCAUUCAGCCUGGACCACAACUCCUCGUCCGAGAUCACCAUUGCGUUCACUCCAGACUUCACGUCGUCCUGGGUGAUCCGGGACCUGUCCCUGGUGACGUCGCGCGGCUCAUUGUUCCCCUUCACCCUCAACGUGACGCUGCCCCACCACAUGCUGCCCCUCUGUGCUCAAGUGGUGCCCAGACCCAGCUGGGAGGAGACAUUCUGGGUGGUCACCCUCAUCUUCACCUGCUUCUCCCUGGCAGGUGUUUGUCUGAUGGCUUUCCACCAGGCCCAGUACAUCCUGUCUCAGUUUUCCAGCCCCACCACAAGGAGCAUCUACAAUUCUGCCCUGUCCCGGGACAACGGCCCCGUCAACAACAUCACCCCCAACGGAGUCAAUAAAAUGAAGGGCAGCUGCAAGACGUACGCGGAGACCUGCCACAACUCCGACAAAGGAAAGGGGCGUGGCUCCCCGGCAGUGGCCAACAGCUCCACCCCCCGACCACAGCCCUUCUCCUCUUCCUCCUCCUCCAAGAAGGGUGCCUCCGCCACCCCCUCCCAGCCACAGAAGAAACAUAAGGUGUCCGUUUACUACGGCAAGUACAAAACCAGCUCCUCCGCCACAGCGGCGACGGUGCCCGAGGAAGAGCGGGAACUAGACCUAACUCCCGACCUGGGAACCCUGGAACCUUACCUGAGCACGGACGCCUGCAACAACAACGAGCCCACGUUCCUCUGUGAAAUCGACGUUAAGAAAACGACACGGCACUUUAAGGAAGUUCCCCCACAGAGAGCCGCCCAGCGGGAGGACAGCAAGGGGCCAGCGGCCGUUAUGUUUCCCGUGGAAACACAAGCCGGCUUCCCCGACAAUGUCACUGUGGGCCCGGGCCCCCGACCUGGUCUCCUGCUGUGCAGCCCCGUGACAGAGAAAGGGUACGACCUCGGUACACAUUCGCAGUUUGCAGAGAAGAGGGACACAACAGAGAAAAGGGACAACUCUGAGCUGGAGACCAAAGAGGAUGGUAAAAGCCAGAGGAAGAAGGCAGAGAAGACGGAGGCUGGUGUCCCAGCCGGGAACAACAAGGCAAAAAAGAGUCGCAAGAAGAACACAGAGGGGAUUUCUGGGCUACCUGAACACAGCGUGGUUGUGAUGUCAGUGCAGGAGAGGGAACCGGAGUGGAGAACGGGAGAACAACAACAGAAUAUGAACGGAACCUGCACUCGGAACCGCUGCUCCACAGGAAAAACAGACGCACCAAAGCCCAGCCCCAACCCCGGCAGCCCCCUCAAACAAAACGGUGUGUGUCUGGUGCGGCCACGGCGGAAGUGUGUGGAGCGGCGCGUGGCUUGCGAAUCGGGCUCAGACUCGGGCAGCUCAUCAGGCAGCGUGCGGGCGAGCCGCGGCAGCUGGGGCAGCUGGAGUUCUGCCAGCAGCGUUGAGGGAGACAAGGACCCCGACGCCCCGCACCAGCGCACACACCACUGCGCUACCUCAGCCAGGAAAAGGGACUCCAUGCAGUACGGCGUCUACCCAGCCGAGAGGGACUGCUACCAGACCAUGAACUCCACCUACAAGGCCCAGAGCAUGAAUAACCUGUACAGGAAGGAGCCUUGCCAAAGCUCAACAGAACCCGCCCCAGUGCCCCCCAGCUUUGCCCCCUGCUUCGCUUCUGUAGAAGCCCGCACGGACAGCACCGUGGAUGUGGCGGGCCAGUAUUUUCCUGAGGAGACUUGGUCGGCUCCCUCUGUGCCCCUCACCAAUGAGUUCAGGUACAACGCCUCAGAGGCCGUGCCCUACGUACCUCAAGCCUCAGCCCCCUUCAAUGGCUUCCCUUGGAACAGUGCCAACAGCCAAUGUAACAGCCCGUAUGCAUACUGUGGCCAGGGCAACUACAUGUCAGCAGGCAACACCAACUUCCACAACAGUUUCCCGUGCCAGCCAGAGAGCCAGGCGGUAGCCUACAGCCACCGGCCCAGCUGGAGCGAGGAGUGUUCCCAGGAGGCUCCCUCAUCCUGGGAUACAGCCGGCUGUGUGGGCAGCAAGCCAUAUUUCCCUGGCACCAGGAGCCUGUCCCCCAUGUCCAGUCUGUUCGGUUCCAUCUGGACCCCCCAGAGAGGGCCAUACCAAAGCCACUUCCAGCCCGAGCGCUCAGUCCCCAUGUCCCCAGUGUGCCCCGUCUGCCCCAUCACCCCACCUCACGCCCCCUUCAACCGGGAGCCCGGGGGCAUGUGCCGCCCCAAGCAGUACUCCAGCUUCAACCCUUUCGGCCCCCACAUGAACCUGGACUUCUGGAACUCCUCAUCCAACCGCAGCUCAAACUCGCAGCUGUCCAACGACUCGGGCUACAGCGGCGACGUUUAAUCAAAAACCUGGCAUUACCGACGACAACAAACAAAAACGAUGCUAUAAAAUAGAGGAACAAGAAAUGAAUGUGCUUUUAUCGAUAAUGGGGGGAAAAAUGUGAAUAUUCCUUUACUUUUUAUGUUCCUUUUUUUUCAAACGUUCAAUGUUGUGAAAAGUUAAGCAUUUGUUGUAUAUUUUUCUAGUUGUUUUGCAGUUUUGAUCAUAGAAAAUAAAAAAUGUUUAAAAAAAAUUGUA